AUGCGUUCAAUAUUUCAUACUGGAUUCCUUUACAUAGCAGCUAUUUUAGCCUUCGUAACUGUUGCUUAUGCAUUUUCUAGCGGUUCCGGUACAUGUAAUGCUGAUCAAGCAACUAUCGAAGCGGUAAAUAAUUCUCCUAUGGGCAAGAAGAGUGACUUAGGCUAUUCAGUUUCUAUGUCCCAGGAUAGUCAUACUUAUGUUCCAGGUGGUCCUGCAAUACAAUUUACAAUUACUGGUACAACUAUAACAACUUUUAAAGGGAUCUUAUUUUAUGGCGCUGAUUCCUCUAAUAAUCAUGUUGGUCAAUGGACCGUUUCAUCUGGUUAUAAAUUAAUGGCAAACUGUCCCGGUGAUCCACAAGGAACACUUACUCAUAACUCUGCUUCAGAUAAACCUGCCAACGUCACAUUUAAUUGGACUCCUCCUACAACUGAUGUUGGACCAAUCACUCUCAAUUGUGUAAUUUGUGCUAGUAGCGAACAAGGCUUCCAAAUCAUACAAUCUUCUCAACCAUUUACAGUUAACGGAAGCACGUUUGUACCCCCAACCUCGACCAAUGACGCCUCUUCGACCAAUGACGCCUCUUCGACCAAUGACGCCUCUUCGCCCAAUGACAAUUCUUCAUCUACGGCUGCUUCCAAAAAUUCGGUUACUAAUUCUACUAAUAGCCCUCACCCAACUGCUAUUAGUAGUGCCGAUUCUUCAAGAAUGUCAAAGUCUUCAUUUUUAAUACAAUUAGCUUUAUUUGUUCCUCUAAUAGUUUCAUUAUUGAAAGAAUUUUGA